AUGCUAUCCAGAAUCGCAUUAAGAUCUUUUCGACCAAUCGUCCGUUUUUCCUCCGAUUUUCCAAAAGAAGAGCAGCCCCUUAUUGUCGAGCGCCUUCAGGGUGACGAUGAAGGUACCAAUGAUCUCGAAGGCCAAUUCACUAAGUAUCAGGCUUUUGAAGAAGUGAGAUUCGACAAAAACGUCCGUUGUCUGAUUGUUCGAUCCACUACUCCAGGCAUCUUUUGCGCUGGGGCCGAUCUCAAAGAACGACGCUACAUUCCAGAAGAAGAAGUCGGCGCCUUCGUCGCUAGAGGCCGAAAGUUUUUCCGCGACUUUCAGGAAAUGCCUAUCCCUACUAUUGCAGCGUUAGACGGCUUCGCUCUUGGAGGUGGACUUGAGUGGGCAAUGGGCCACGAUCUGCGCACUUCUUCGGACGAGGCGAAGAUGGGAGUCACCGAGACAAAGCUCGCCAUCAUCCCUGGCGGCGGCGGUACUCAAAACUUGACCCGCCUCGUCGGCGUCGGCAAAGCUAAAGAACUCGCCUUCACCGCCAGAAUGAUCAACGGCAAAGAGGCUGAAAGAAUCGGACUUGUCAAUAAGUCCGUUCCUCAAAAUGAGACCGGUGAUGCUGCUUAUCAAGCAGCCCUCGAAUUGGCUCGCGAGAUUAAACCAAACGGUCCAAUUGCACUCCGUAUGGCCAAGACGGCGAUCAACUACGGCUCCGAAGUCGACUUGAGCACGGCGCUGGCGAUCGAGCAAAUGUGCUACGCUCAGGUUAUCCCCACCGAAGAUAGAAUGGAAGGACUCAUGGCGUUUAUGCAGAAGCGAAAGCCUGAAUACACCGGAAACUAA